GUUUGUGUGUGAGAACAAAGCCAUGUCUUCUCCUAAAGUCUACGUCUUGCAGCCUUGGAUUGUAAACCUCUUGGUGAAUUACGAGCAGCUGGAUGCCAGUGAGAAUCUCCUGGCUGGGCAGGUCCUGCGGGUUUUGAGUGACUCAGCUGCUCCGGGCCAACCUGAGGUCCUCCAAGAUGCUGUCCUACAGGUGUCGGAUGGGUCCUACCACGUCCGCGUGGUCAUUACAGCCGAAGCUCUGCAUGCGGAGGAAAACACCCACAUGCAGCUCAGGCUUUCCAGCCUCAUUUGCAGAAUUAUCGUCUUGCAGAAGUACACGGUGUGUUUCCGGGAGGAGGCCAGGCUGGAGGACUGUGAGUUUUAUCUUACGGCCCAGCGGUUCAUCGUGCUGCCCAUGGAAAGGCAGAGGUUGGAGUCAUCCGACGGGAGGAGUCUCGCUCUGAAGAACGCUCCCAGCUCAGAGCCGUCCAUCUCUCAGCUGAUCGAUGCCAUAGGACAGAACCAGCUGGAGGUUUUGAAGGAAAACGCGGAGGAAUGCUUGGAUUUACAGGUGCCCGAGGAGGCGCCAGCGACGGUGAAGGACGAGGUUCCUGUGACCCAGUGGGAGGCAGAGCGCAAGAAAGAGCGAGGUGAGGAUGUCUUCGUGGUCCCGGCCAACGCCCUGGUGAUCCCUCCUGAGGAGGAGGCAAUUGCUUGCAAUGCUUUCAAGGCAGCUGUAGAGUUGACAGCCUUGUCGGAGAGCUCGGAGGGAUCCCUGGACAACCCCUGGAACAGGCUUCCCCCGCUAUCCUUGACCCUCAACUCUUCGGACGAGAAGACCUUUGAACGUGACCUUUCGCUGAAGACCCAGGAAGACGUGGCUGCUGAGGAACCGUGCAGCCAGGACUCUGCCAAGGGCUUGCAGCAGGAAGAGCCGGUGCAGACCUCCUCUCCUUCCCUGCUCAGCACCUACGGCCGUACCAGUCCGGUGGAGACCAGCACCACCCAGGCCUUUCCUCACCUGCCUGGUGGGGAUGGGAUGUUGAAAGCGGGUGUCAAUGUAGAUGGUGGCCCUGACCCUCCAGAAAGAGGAUCCAGGGUCCUGGGUGAAGGUGUGAUUGAGCCCGAGCUGGGUGGGAACCAACAUUUGCUGGAGCGUCUUCCAGCUCUCCGGUACGUGAGGGAGAAGCCGGCGCAGUACAGGUACGAGGCGCCCAGCCCCGAGCUCUGCCAGCAGAUACGAUCUGUCAGGAUCUCGAAGGCGAUGCUGAAGUGGGCGUGCUGGAUAGUGGCAGACAGGGAGAUGGAUUCCUGA